UGUUGAUGUUACCUUCAGCAGGAUUUUUUGAGAAAAUACACUGCCCUCUUUUCCUACAGGGCUUCUGUGAGCGACCUUUUUGUCAAUAUAAACAUGCAAAAGAUGAAAUGGUACUUACAGCUUCACCUCGGCCACCUUUCACAAGAGCGGCUGCAACCGCAAGGAAUCACUUAACUCAUGGCAAGAUCGUCCACCACACUAGAGAUGUCUCUUUUGCAAGGGACCCUUGCCUUUUGGAGUUGGAAAGGAUCAACAAAGAAAUUGAAACGGUUAAAUGUGAAGUAGAGAAAGAGCAGAGACGAUUAUCCCAUUACAAGAGCCUUCAGGGGGACAGUGAUAUCACGAGCAAAGCUUUGACCCCCUAUAGUGAUUCUGCAGGUAAAGCCCAAUACCCCCGUAGCCCGGGCAACCGCAGCACGCCCCGCCCACAGAAGCCCGCCGCUGCCCGUUCCCGCGGUAGCAAAUAUGUGGUGGACAAUUCCAAACCCAGGACGAAUUUGGAAUACGACCCUUUGUCCAACUACGCUGCGGAAGUGCGGUCGAGCAGCUCCCCCGAGCCGAAGCCUCCGCCCUGCGGGGGCGCUGUAGGGAAGCGGAGCCUGAAGAGGCCGCGGGAGCCCGUUAGCACAGACCGGAGCGAGCCGCUCACUGCGGAGCUCGAAGACUCGGAUGACGGCGUCCUUGUCAUUGAUGUUCCGCCACUUGAAGUAAAACGGAAGACUCGCAGACCCCCAAAAUUGCGCAAGGCCUCACCUGAAGUUCCUGAAGAUGCCACCCCUCUACCUGCCGUGACUGACGCUUCGGUUCCAGCUCAAGCAUGCAAAGCAGUGGUGCCCUCGCCUGCCAUGGUUGGCACACCUGACACAGUUGGCACACAGUCAGGUUCCAGAUGCACUCAGCCCUCAGCUGGUCUUCCUGUAAAUCAAGGAGGAGAAGGUGAUCUAAACCCCAACCCCAGUGUACUGGAAGACAUAUCCAAGUGUCUGGAGACUCUCAGGAGUGAAAGCGAAAAAAUAGUUUCGCCCCCAGAAAUGGAAGUCAUGACGAUGGACAGGAGCAGCGCUGCUUCACAGUCCUCCCCAGUGACCUCGGUCUCCUGGGCCCUGAAGGACCCACCAGGCGAACAGAACGGAAACUCCCACACGGUGGUGCCUCAGGUGAUAAAACAUGAGCUUACGCUCAGAUAUGAUGAAAAACACAACUCCUUCCCAAAUACACCAGAAAGUGACCAGGGGAUACUUCCAUUAGCACUCAAAUCCAGUUCACAUGUCCAGAGUAAUGAUCAGCAGGUCACCAGCAGAGUUGAAGGUUAUUGGUUGCCUGUGCAACAAAUUCCAGUUCCAUGUUUGCAGAAAACAGUUCUGCAAAUAUCAGAGCCAGACUCCCCCAAAGUUCAGUCCAUGUCACCUGCAGACCCCAAGUACAGUGACCAUCCAGAACCUACAGCAGAUAUCUAUCCUAUCAGCCUGCUGCCCGAUCCAUCCCCAUCUGAGGUUCCACAGCCAGUCACCAGUGAGGUGGACCUCCUCGACAUUCCCAAGGACCCACUGAUGCACAACAUCAGCGAAUCUGCUCCCAAAACUGAUUUGAGCUCCGGAGAGGACAUGAAUUAUUCGGACAUGGACCUGUCUGAUAGUGACCCCAUGGAGGAGUGUUACCGCAUCUUCAUGGAGGCCAACCAAGCCGGCCAAGGACCGGUGGAGCUGCCGGGGAGUUCACCUGUGGAGAUGUCGGGUUUGGAGAAGCCACCUGUCCUCCCACCAGGACCAAAGAAAAGGGUCGCACACGUGUCCAAACACAACGAGAUGAAUAAAAGCAGACAGCAGGUGAUUGUUCCCCGGAGGGGCCCAGGUGCACACCUGCACAACCCCUCCAGGAUCCUGCAGCUGCAGCAGAAGGCCGCAGUGUUGACCACGGCCAUCAAAGGAGGCCAGGCUUUUGUUGCUGCCGCUACUGGGCAGAGGAAGCCAGUAUCCCUGCUUCCUGUUUCUCAGCCCACCCCUGUGCAGACCACCUGUGUUAAUAUAAUUCCUGUUGGAGCAACUAUACAACUGGGCUCCAAUGUGCACUUCAUCAUACCGGACGGGAACAUUGCUCUGCCUGUAACUCCAGUUCCCGCCCACAUGGUGUCACCACAGCAGACUGCCCUGACCCCUGCUAAGCCAUUUGUCGUCAAAAGAAAACCGAAGUCUCGCCCGGAGCCUGGCAUCAAAGUUCCCCACGACGUACGCCAGCGUUAUGUCAACCUGUUUGUGGAGGAAUUCCUGAGAACGUCCUUCACCGUGCAGGAUGCCUUCGAAAAGGCCCUGGCUGAGGAGAAGAUGGUGUAUGAUCGCAGCAUCAACAAGCUGAAGUAUCUGAGUGUCGCUGUGAACUCACUCAAGAAACUAAAGAACCAGAGUGCUCCUUCUGUGAAAGCGAGCACUGAGGCCAACAUCAAGGGAUCCAGAGGCAAAAUUAGUCUCAGUCCUGCAGGACUACAGGUCAAUGAUCCCGGAGUUGUGGCACUUUACGAACAGCUGAAGGAACAUGUGCUGUCUGAGGCGGCUCUGAAGGAGAAUGGCUAUCCUCUGCAGAGCCCAGACAAGCCUGCUAGCGCCAUGUUGUAUGGGGAGGUGAAGAAAGGCAGCACUGACCCAAUGAAGAGGAUUUGCUGCCGGUGUGGAGCGACUUUCUCUGUCGGCCAAUCAGGGAAACACGUCCGUAAAGAGGAGUGCAACUAUCACUAUGGGAAAGUGGUGGAAAACAAGGUUCCUGGAGGAGUGGAGACGCGCUACAGCUGCUGUGAAGGAGCCAUUGGCACACCUGGAUGCCAGGUGUUUAAGCUGCAUGUCCAUGACGCUGUUAGUCUGGACGGUUUUGUGAAGAGCGUCCCCAAGCCCCCUCCGGAGAACGGCUGUCCUGGGCUGUUUGCGCUGGACUGUGAGAUGUGUUACACCACUCACGGUCUUGAGCUGGCCAGGGUCACUGUGGUCAACCCCAGUCUGCAGAUCAUCUAUGACACCUUUGUAAAACCUGACAAUGAAGUCAUUGACUACAACACCAGGUUCUCAGGAGUGAGUGAGGAAGAUCUGGAAGGUUCCAGCUCGUCCAUACAGGACGUCCAGGAGGUCCUGCUGAGCUUCAUCAGCGCUGACACCAUCCUUAUCGGACACGGCCUGGAAAAAGACCUCUGUGCCCUCAAGCUUCUUCACGGCAGCGUGGUGGACCUGACAGCGGUGUUUCCUCACCGGCUCGGCCUCCCGCACAAGCGAGGCCUUCUAAGCCUGACGGCGGAUUACCUGCGCAGAAUCAUCCAGGAGAGCGUCCAGGGUCAUGACUCUGGGGAAGACGCCACUGCCUGCAUGGAACUGAUGCUGUGGAAGGUCAAGGAAGACGGCAAAGUGAAAAGAUGGUGAUUUGAAUAAAUUCUGUGUCGCCCGAUCCAGAGGGAAAAAAACAGAUUAUAUCAAACCCUGUUCUGAUUGGCUUCACACGUCUGAGAAAUGAGCACACCUCACCCACUGUGUGCGCUCUGCGUGUUUUGGUUUGAAGUUUUUGUCUUGGCUAGUUUUCGUUUGGCCUUUGCUGUGCAUUGUUUACUGUUGGGACAGCAUCACACGCCUGGGGCUGAUGUUUAAGUUUAUUGGGGGGAGGGGGAGGGGUUGGGGUUGGGGUUGGUGGCAUGGUUCGGUGGGGUUGAAACACAUUCAUGCACUGCACACGAGAUAUAAUGCACUUGGAAAGGGGAAACGGAGAGCAAAGGAAUGCACAUCACCUGCGAUGUCGUUCCAGUAAAUGAGCCUGCUGGUGAUGAAGAGCUGAAGUAAAGACACGUUAAAGCUGUA